AUGUCCGGUCGCGGUAAGGGUGGUAAAGUCAAAGCGAGCAGCGGGAAGAAGACCCGUUCGGUCAGAGCUGGACUGCAAUUCCCCGUAGGACGUGUUCAUCGUCUGUUGCGAAUAGGCAAUUAUGGCGAACGAGUAGGUGCUGGUGCCCCAGUCUACCUGACGGCAGUUCUGGAAUAUCUGGCUGCGGAAGUUCUGGAACUGGCUGGCAAUGCCGCACGAGACAACAAAAAGACGCGCAUCGUGCCUCGACAUUUACAGCUGGCCAUCAGAAAUGACGAGGAAUUGAAUAAUCUGUUGGGUAAAGUCACAAUUGCUCAGGGCGGUGUCCUGCCGAACAUACAAAACGUUCUGUUGCCCAAGAAAUCGACGGUUGCUGCAAAGAAAUCGCAAUCCCAAGAGUAUUAG